AUGCAAGAUGGUUUGAAGGAAAUUGAUGUUUCUGUAAAAUGUGUUAGACAAGUUGUGAGGUAUGUGAGAUCAUCUCAGCAAAGGACCUUAAAGUUUAGGGAAUGUUGUGCACAUCAAGAGGUAGAAUGUAGCAAAACAUUAUGUUUGGAUGUUCCUACAAGGUGUAAUUCCACCUACUUGAUGUUGGCAACAGCGCAAAAUUUUGAGAAGGCCUUUGACAAGCUUCAUCUUUUUGAUGAUGGAUUUUCUACUCAUCUUUGUACGCAUGCUUUUGAAGAUGGGAAUGUUGCGGGUCCAUUUGUAUGUGAUGAUUGGGUGAAUGUGAGAAACGUGAUAAAGUUUCUUGAAAUAUUUCACGAGCUCACCGAAAAAGUUUCAGGUUCACGUUAUGUCACUUCUAAUUGUCAUUUUGAGGAUAUAUGUGAGCUUGAUAGUCAUUUGAAAGCUUGUUUAGCUAGUGAUGAUACUAAUUUGAGUAAGAUGGAAGGGAAGAUGAAAGAAAAGUUUAAAAAAUAUUGGGGUGAACCGGAAAAGAUGAAUAAAAUGAUAUUCAUUGCUUCUGUAUUAGAUCCUCAUAACAAAUUAGAGUAUGUUGGUUUUGCACUUGAGGAAAUAUUUGGGGAGGGACCAGGGAAGAAAUUAACUGCCGAAGUGGAUGCUUAUUUGAAUUCUUUGUUUGGAGAUGGGAAUGUGAGAACAAAAUCUGUGAGAACAAAGCAAUUGUUAAAAAGGCAAAAGGAAGACUCCGGAAGUGUAGGUGCUAAAUCUGAGUUAGAAAGAUAUAUUAGUGAAGGACCAGAGCCAUUGUCUGAUGAUUCUGAUGACUUUAAAAUCUUAGAUUGGUGGAAAAUUAAUGCGCCUCGAUUUCCUAUUCUAUCUGAGCUAGCUCGUGAUGUAUUAGCCAUUCCAAUUUCAAGUGUUGCAUCGGAAUGUGCAUUUAGUAACGGUGGCCGCAUUCUUGAUUCAUUUAGGAGUUCAUUGACUCCUCGGUUGGUGCAAAGUCUUGUUUGUGUUCAAGAUUGGUUUAGAUGUGAGGGUACUCCUAUUAAUGUUGUAGAAGAUUUGGAGUUUCUUGAGCAAAUUGAACUUGGUAAGAUUUUGCGUUAUAUGAGUGUUUUAGUGAAAAUUAGUUUACUUUGUAAGUUUAAAUGA